GAAGACUAACAGAGGCUCUGAUUCGUGGGUGACGAACACGUGACUUGUGUGGUCUAGGUUGCUGCAGACAAGUUCCGUAGAUGCGCCUGCGUUGGGUUGUAUUCGCCUCCGUAGUUCUAUUGGAGUCUAUUGGCCAGUAGGAUUGCUGCCGGUUGACGAUAUUAUUCUGUAUCGGCUUAGAGAAUCUUGAUAUCGAAAUCCCAUCUGGCUUGGAUCUCUGGCACGCGUCGAAAGUGCCUAGUCGGCUAGUCUGGACCACUUAAAGUCAUCGACCGGCUAUGUAAUCCUGAGGUUCUCCCAGUCCAGACACGCGCCAGGCGAUCCCGUUCUGUCUUACGUCCUAUGGAACUAGCUAGUAUGACGCAGAAUUUGACGCCUAGUUCGAACCUAACACCGUCCAGCCUUUGCUAUGCUUUAUAUACCCCGCCGUCUCCACCAAAAGCCCCAAUGACUGUUUAUCCCCCAAUGAACGAAAUAAUCCCCGUCCUACGCUCUUCCCUCACCAACCUCGACUCCCUGGUCUCGUUCUACCAGCAGGAGCGCAUGUGGAUCCGUCGGACGCGCGCUGAGCUGCAGGACUCGGAUGAUGAUGACGAGAGCCCUUCCCCACGCCCCUCGCCCACACCGUCUCCUGAACUCCCAUCGCCGAAGUCGCCACAUUCGUCCCGCUGGAUUAGGCGGAAGAAGGAAUUGAAAAUCAAGCUCGCUGCCUUGCCUCGUCGUCCGACACACAGUCUUCGUGUGCUCGACAUGUACGAGUCUAUCAUGCAGUCCAGAAUGGAGAGUUGUCAGCGUAUCAACCGGCUGAUUAGGAAUGCCAACCGAGCGCACCUAUCCCGCAUCACUAAACGUUAUUCACAUUCAGAGUAUCGCGGAACCUCCAGCGGCGAGGAGUACACAUGACAACGACACUUCUUCGCACAUCUUCUAUAUUUAUUU